AUGGGGUUCUUCGCGAGACGACGGGAGAAGCGGGCGGCGAAGAAGGCGGGGCGAGGGACGAGCGAUGUCGACGGGCGCGAGCGCUCGACGGAGACGAAUGGGACGAAUGGGACGCGCGGGACGCGCGGGACGAACGGCGCGGGGUCGGGGCUCGACGUCGAACGAGGGCUGGAGGAUUGGUUCGACGGGGAAUUGCAGAUGAAUUCAGGGAGUGAAUCCCUUCACGCGAGAUCUCUGCGACGAAGGUCGGCGGACCUGCACAGACGACUCGAAUCUCUCGGCGUCUCGGCGUCGACGAAGGGGCUCGUGAACGAGGCGGUGGAGAACGUGAUCGCGGUCGCGGGUGACGCCUAUUCCGAGGGUAAAGGCACGUGGGAGCUCGGGGUGUAUCGAACGCUUCAUCAAAGCGUUCGUCGCCUCCUCGUCGAGCGCGAAGAUGGUGCGUCGAACGCGCUACCGAACGCCGACGCAGAUAUCCUGCAAGCGAUCAACAAAGCUGUAACGAUGGUUGACGCGUUACUGUUGAAACUGCACGGAAAGACGGAAGCGAGUAAAAACGCGGUUGACCUGCUCGACCCGAUUGCCCAGGGAUUCGUCACGCAGUUUUUUCAAGAGCAGACGAUUCAACCAGUCGUGUUAGCGCGACAGAUGGUGCAGGUUUCUCUGGCAAUACGACACGACUCGUCACACUUGAGGACGUCGUUGUCUUGGGGUCGACAGAGUUCGCAGAAGAGUGUGCAGUCCAGUAUUACGACCGAUUCGUCUUACGUGAGUCUACAAUGCGAGGGAUCCAUCACCAGUUGGAGAAACUUUGACGUUCUUGCGUUCGCAAAGUGUUGCAACAAUGAGGCAACGAUCGGACCGUUAGAGAAGCUUUCGAUGGAAUUGUUCGAGUAUUUUGACUUGUUUAAAACUCUUCCUUUGAAACGUUCAUCCGUGAAACGGUUCCUGGCGGACAUUGAAGUUUCUUAUCGUGAUAACGACUAUCACAAUGGCGUGCACGCAGCAGACGUCACGCAAGCGGCGGCGUAUUUCAUCGAAACUAGUCUACGAGAUCAAAUCGAACCGAUACAUAUUUUUGCGUUGCUUCUCUCUGCCGUCGUUCACGAUGUAGGUCAUCCUGGGUUGAACAAUGCGUACCUUGUCGCUCGUCAGACGGAUGUAGCUGAGCGUUGGAAUAACGUGAGCGUCAAUGAGAACGGUCAUCUGUACACCGCAAAUACUCUGCUCAAGCAGUACGACGUCUUGAAGGAUUUCGCCGAUGAUGAUCGAGUGCUGGUGCUAAAGCUGCUGCAAAAGAUGGUCCUGUGUACUGACAUGGAAGUACACGCCGACCUGGUGAAGAAAGUCAUCGAGGCCGUUGAACGAGAAUUCGAUAAAGAAGCCGGCUUGUUGAAACCAGUGAAAGAGUGGGGAGAAGUUUGGAUCCCUCUCGCAUUUGCGCUACACUGCGCUGAUAUAAGUAAUCCCGCUCGGCCUUACGAUUUAGCUCUUUACUGGGCGAACGCGAUAGUUGAAGAGUUCUUCAAGCAAGGUGAUCUUCAGCGAGGUUUCCAAAUGUCAGUCCCAGGUUUCAUGGACCGAAGACUCGCCUCGCCUGCGGGCACGCAGUCGAGUCAGCUUGGGUUCAUAAAGGUCAUCGUCAAACCAUCGCUGGAGUUGUUGGAUUCGUACAUGCCUCAGGCGGCGGCCGAGUUGUUGAGCCACAUUGAGACCAAUAUCGAGCGCUACGAAGACGACGUGAACAAAGCGCUCAUGAUGGACACAAGGACAGUGUGA